ACUGUGAGUAAUACUUCUUUGAAAAAUUUAUUUAUUGACAUGGAAGAAACAUAUGGGCUAAGUUAUAUUUUAACCAGAAAACUGGACCAAGAUGGGUUAGAGAACUUGUACAGCUUCUUGAAAGGUAUGCUCGGAAGUGCUAAUAAUGACAUGACUGUUUUGGAUUUUAAGUAUUGGUAAGACUUAUUAAAUUACUAAUAAAAUGUAAUAAAUUAAGUAUCUAAAGAAUAAUUACAUUUUAUUUCAGUUUACGGUGGUAUAUACUUGGAAAACAUUCUGAUGCAGUUUUCACAGAAAAUACCAAUACUGAAAAUAGCCAUGAAGACAGUUUACUGGAUGAAAGAGAGUGCUUGACUGGCCAAAUCAUGAAUGAGUUGCAAUUAACUGUAGCUGACUCAGAUAUUUCCAAUGAGACAUCAACUGUUGAAACUAUCCAUAUUUCUGAAGCUGACCUGAAUUUUGAUCUUCUUAAUCAAUUUGAGCUGGAUACUGGAGAACCACCAUUCCAAAUGGUAGAAGAAGGGUGUGCUGAAUAUGUUUCAGGCUAUGUAGCCAAUCGCUUCUAUAAUAAAUACCCUUCUUUAACUGCUCCACAUAACUCACAACCACCAGAUAACUGGACAAAUCAUUUAUCCAAAGGCAAUUUAAAAAUUCCAUCCGAAAAUCUUUUUAAAGCAGUCUUACAACUGGAAAGAGAUUUCAACAAUUUUCACGGGGACACAUUAUCUAAAAAACCACAAGUUUUUAAAAAUUUAUACAAAAUAGUUGCACCCAAAAUUCAGCUUUUAAACAUACCUGAUGAAGUUAUUUUAUGUCUGAUACGAACACGAACAUAUAUUCGUCUAAAUAAUUUGAAUAAUGAACAAUCAAGUACACGUCAUUCAAAAAAGCAAGAAAAAAUUAAAAAACGAAAAUUUACCAACUGACAAAAAUAUGUACUUACC